GUUAUUUGGAUUUUGGUUGCUCGUAUUGUUGCUGGAAAAGUGGAGGAAGAGAAGAAAAGAAUGAUUUUGAAACUUAUAGUGGGUAGUGGAGCGAAAAAAAAGUGUGAGGAAAAGUCCAGUAUUUUUCGAGGAGCAAAAAUGCUUCGACAGCACCUGAUUUUGGCGGAAGUACUUUGUGAAUAUGUGCUUGGAUGGGACGAAACCGGUAACGAGGAAGAAGAAAUGGACAAAGAAGAGGAUUUGUUCAAGAAAGAAUCUACGGAUGAUGAUAUUCGCCAAUACCAGCAGUAUGAGGUGCUAAUUGUUGGUGCUGAUGCUGCCGUUAUCGAUGAUGAAGAUGAUGGCGAUAGUGACGAAAAUACUUUUUACCACAACGAAAAUUCGUGCAAAAAUUCAUCUACAGAAAAGUACUGGGGUAAAAAACCUUAUUUCAUGGUUAUAUACACAUCCAACUAUGCAACAGAGAAAAUAUAUAGUUAUAUGACUCACACAUACCACUGGUAA